AUGCCGCUUCGCGAGCACGGAGAACGCAGUAAUGUCACAUUUCCCUGUUGUCAUCUGUGAAUUUGGUCUGCGCGAUCGAUAACACGAAUUGGCUAUUCGUAGUUACAGAGGUUGAAUACUUAUUGAGCCGUUUAUGGACGGUUAGUUAACAUUGGUGCUUCAAGUAGCAAAAAUUUUAUUGUAAAGUGAUAAAAUGGACACGACCGGGGCGUACGGCGGCGGCAAGGCCGGGGGCGCCUUCGAUCCCCAGCAAUUCAUCCAGAGACCUCCCGUGAUUGUCAGGGCGGUUUGUUGGCUGUUCAGCGUGAUAGUGAUGGGCUGCAUAUCAGCCAAGGGUUGGCGCACAGGGGAAGAUGGCAAAGAGCGAUGCGUCUACAACGACGAUACGAAUGCUUGCAACUACGGAGUGGGGAUCUCCGUGAUCGCGUUCAUAGCUUCCAUCGGGUUCAUCGCUGGCGAAUACCUGUUCGAGCAAAUGUCUUCGGUGAAGACCAGGAAGCACUAUGUACUGGCUGAUAUGGGAUUCUCUGCUUUCUGGGCGUUCCUAUACUUCGUUGGGUUCUGCUACCUGUCCAACGCGUGGGGCAAGACCGAUAACCCCCCAAUGGGCACUGCCAACAAUAUGCAGGGAGCCAUCGCGUUCUGUUUCUUCUCUAUCUUCGCUUGGGUGGCUUGUGCGUUCUUCGCUUUCCAGCGGUUCCGCGUUGGUGCUGACGCUGCAUUCGCGCCGGCGUACGAGGUAGAGGGCGCUGUAGGCAGCCCUGGCGCCUUCCCCGCAUACCCGUCCGCCCCCGACCCACAGCCCGCCUACAGCGACCCACCAUUCUCGCAGACACAUGCUUCUGGAAACAUCGACUACACGGCCCCAACCUACUAAGCUGUUACGGCAAGAAAAUGAAUAGAACAUUAUCAAGUUUAUUUGCAGACACACAAAAACUGAGCGUAAGUAAUAAUACCUUAUUAUUACUGCAAUACCUUCAAUCAAAAACAAACUU